AUGGCAAACCAAGCGAAUUACAGCUUGCUGGCCCUCGAGGGGCAGUUCAUCGAGCGUGAGCGUUACCUAAAUCUUCUUCGUAAUGAAUGCGACAUGCCGAAUCCACAUUCGCUGCAACCUAGUCGACCUGAAGCCCGGCCAAAUGAAACCCUUCGACAAUUAUCCAUCCGGCAACAACCCAAAGCAAGGCCUAUUGCAACAAAGAAGUCCCUGGAACAACCUAAGCGCAAAUCACUACCUUAUGUUGUCAAAAGUGCCCGACAACGACGCAUCAACAGCUGCGCGUUUUUGAAGGAUGACUAUAUCGAGCAGUUCAGAAAGCAAGCUUUGCAAAAGAGCAAGAAAUUUAAAAUAUUUGUAGCACAAGCACUUUUCGAAGCUAAAAGAACCGAGGAUGAACGCCGUGCCUUCGAGCAGGAAAUGCGCAAGAAUAAGUUAAAGAACUGCGGUCUUAUCCCUGAGUCCAUUAUCACCACAGAGGAUGAGUCGGAAAAUAAAGAAGGCUUCGCUCUGCUGACCAAUAAGACACUAAAUCGCCCCGAGACCAUCCUCAUCAGCGAGGACGAAUCCAAGAAAAUAAGGUUUCGCUCAGCUUACUAUGACCGCUAUCGAGUCCUUAUCAUCAGCGAGGAUGAAUCGGAAGUAGAAGAGGCGACCGCUUCCGAGUCCAUUAUCAUCAGCGAAGAUGAAUCAGAUGAAAACGAAAACGAGGAGUCCGCCCAGCCGACCCAAGAACCCGUGAAUCGUCCCAGGCUCAUCACUAUAAGCGAGGAUGAGUUGGAUGAAAAGGAGGAGUUCCCUCAGCUGACCAACGAGCAUCUGAGUCGUUUAAUGGAAUUAAAAGAAGGCCAUCCCGAGGAAUUCGUUGUUUCUAAGUUCAAACUGGAUGUCCACCUCAGCGACAUUAAAAUCCUAAUUGGAGGCAGAUGGCUCAACGACGUAGUAAUCAACUUCUACAUGAACUUGUUGACCGAUCGCUCGGAAAAGCGAUCAGGCCAGCUGCCCAGUGUUUACUCCAUGAACACUUUCUUUAUGCCACGUCUGCUGCAGAGUGGUUUCGAGGGCGUAAAACGCUGGACACGGAAGGUUGAUAUUCUCAGCAAGGACAUCAUACUGAUUCCUGUACACUGCAAAGGCGUUCACUGGACCAUGGCCAUAAUCGAUAUGCGUAAAAAGACGAUCCUAUACUAUGAUUCGAAGGGGGGAGCCAACAAGAACUUGCUGGAUACACUGGAGAAAUACCUGCGAGAGGAAUCGUUGGAUAAGCGCAAUCAGUCUUUCGACACCAGAAAUUUUCGCAUCGAAAAAGCCCGAAACGUACCGCAACAGAAAAACAACAACGACUGCGGCGUUUUCAGCUGUAUGAUUGCUGAGUACAUUACUCGAAAUGCUCUAAUCACCUUUUCGCAGGACAACGUGGUCUAUUUUCGCAAAAAGAUGGCCUUGGAGAUCGUAGACGGCGAGCUGUGGAAUUAGGCGUUAUGCUCCGUUUUUAUAAGACGAGGGCAUCAUUGAUGUAACAGAAACUUUAUUUUUAAUAAAGCUAGUCACAUCUUCUUGAUGUUGUAAAUUUA